AUGAGAGGUCGUUUUAAACGACUUAGUGAAAAUGCACAAAAGUGGGUUGGUGUGUGUCGGGAAGCAUGGCGUCGAAGAAGAAGUGGAAUGAGUCAAAAAGAUAUUGAAAACGAAGCUCAUAAACUUUAUGAGGCAAGUGAGAGCAAGUUCAACGACAUUAUUGUUUUUAAUGAAGUUAUGUGUGAACACGAGAAAUUGGCUUUAGAGUUAGAUCGUGACACAACACGUUCUCGUCCUGAAUGUGAAGUGGGUAAUGAAGAAAGUGGUGGUAGCUCGAAAAGAUCAAGGACUACUGAAGAAGGGGAGUAUUGUGUCCAUUCCAACCCAGAAACGCCAACUAGUGAUGGUUCAACAGUUAAACAUCCAACAGACAGAGAUGCAGCAAAAAAAGGGGAAAGGUAA